AUGAAUGAAAACAUCAUUAGCGACCCUCCGGCUUGCUACAGCAUCCUAGGUGCAACUGGCAAUUGUGGCACUGCGCUUCUGACUAUUUGCCUUCAAAUGCCAGAUGUGCAGGUCAAAGUCUACUGCCGCAAUCGGGAAAAGCUGUUUCGACUAGUCCCGGAGUCCAAAGAUAAUGAUCGCGUCGAGAUAUUCAACGGGAGCAUUCUUGACGCUGAUCUUUUAGGGAAGGCAAUGGCUGGUUGCAAGGCUGUAUUUCUCACUGCAAGCACCAACGAUAACAUACCUGGGUGUCAUAUCAGUCAAGAUCUCGCCAGGACUGUCAUCAAAGCUCUUGAAAAGAUGAAAGGAAAAGCCACAAUUCCGAAACUGAUUCUUCUCUCAUCUGCUACUAUAGAUCCUUGGCUUAGCCGAAAGCAUCCCUGGGUUAACAUGAUCGUGAGAAGAUCGGCCUGGCACGUUUAUAAGGACCUGGAAUUGGCUGAAAAAUUCUUACGGGAGCAAGAAGAGUGGGCACCUUGUGUCUACAUUAAACCUGGUGGACUUUCGGUGGAUGUACAGCGAGGCCAUCGACUAACACUAGACGCAGAGGAGUCGUUCGUAUCUUACCUGGACGUUGCUGCUGGAAUGUUGGAAGCGGCAAAUGAACCUGAGGGCAAAUGGUCUAAGAAAAACGUUGGCAUCAUCAAUGCCAAUGGAAAAGCAAAAUUUCCAGCAGGGACACCAAUGUGCAUUGUCUUGGGUCUUCUAAGGUUUUAUUUCCCUUUUCUUCAUCCGCAUCUGCCUCUGAAUGCUGGGCCAGCAUGA